CCUGUGAUUUCAUCAAACUCGUGUGGAAACUCCCUCCACGGGGACAAACUGUCAGCUCAUCUGUUACGUGAUCUCCGUGUGGUAGUUUUACAGCUAAGGAAAGAGGAAGAGAGAAAUGACUUGCUCAGUCACCCAGUUUACUGUGGCAGAAGCAGAAUUAGAACGCAGAUUCUUUGAUGCUAAAUCUAUUGGUCUAAAUUAAAAUUACCUGGAGUAUUAAGAAGUUAAGAGUUACCCAGAGUUGGCCAGAUCUUCCUGACUGAGGCUUGCCCCUAUCAAAGAUAGCUCUUAAAACUCAAGUUACCUGGUAGGAAAUUUCACUCCAUCCAAAAGAUUAAACUAUUUCCAACAACAUCAGCACUUCCUCGGUCUUUCCGAUGUAUCCAUCUCAGAAGAUAUCCCUGUGGAGGGAGAGAUCACCGUGCCGAUGGCAUCUCACUCCCAGGAUGAAGACUAUUCUACUUUAGAUGAACCUGUUAGAGAAACCAUUAUUCGAGACCUGAAGGCUGUUGGGAAAAAAUUUGUUCAUGUCAUGUACCCUAAAAAAAGCAAUGCACUCUUGAGAGAUUGGGAUCUCUGGGGUCCUUUAGUCCUUUGUGUUUCACUUGCACUGAUGCUACAGGGAGGCUCUGCAGAUAGUAAAGAAGAUGGUGGACCCCAGUUUGCCGAAGUUUUUGUCAUCAUCUGGUUUGGCGCGGUUGUCAUAACACUAAAUUCAAAACUUCUUGGGGGGACCAUAUCGUUCUUUCAGAGUCUCUGUGUCUUGGGUUACUGUGUCUUGCCCUUAACAGUGGCUAUGCUGGUGUGCCGACUGGUACUUCUGGCUAGUAUGGGGCCUAUCAACUUCCUUAUCCGGCUUAUCGUGGUGAUUGCAAUGUUUGCCUGGUCUACCUUAGCAUCCACAGCAUUCCUGGCUGAUAGCCAGCCUCCAAAUCGAAAAGCCCUUGCUGUGUACCCCAUCUUCCUCUUCUACUUUGUUAUCAGCUGGAUGAUUCUCACCUUUACACCUCAUUAAACCAGGACGCAAGAGAAGCCAAAGAGCCCCAGCAGAACAGAAGACUCCACCUCCGCUUUAGGCCUUUGCCUCCCGUCUCUCCUUUCUUGACUAUCCAAGGGAGCCUGGAUAUGGUGAAGGGGGUGGAGGUGGCGGUACGGGUUGGGGGGCAAGAGAAAGCCAAGGUUGUGCAGCAACACCAGCACUUUGGUAAAAAGCAAUUGCUUGGCAGGGUUUGUACUUUGAUCUUUCUUAAUAUGAUUGUUUCUUUAAAAUACACAUACAGCCAAAGUACUACCCUGUUCAAGGAUUAUGGUUCACUGUGUCACGUGUGCAUGUGUGUGUAUGAGGGGUGGCUACAGGAAUGACAUGAUGAUCGAUCGCUCAUCGAGAGGGCCACCGAAAUCAAAUUCGUACAACACCAAUUCAAGUACAGCUUUCUCUUUCAAACAUACUGCCUUAUCACCUUUGGGGUAUUUCUGUCUUUUGGCAAGGGAGGGUUAUCGCUCUGUCUUUUUGUCGUCUUCCAUUCCUUUUCCCCUUUUUGGAUAUCUGCAAGAGGAAGGGGACAUUCCUAGAACAUGUGGAAAAGGAAAACACUUGAAUUAAAAUUCAAGUUGUAUUCUAUAAAGACUUUGGACAGGCCGCUUUCCUUUGAAAAGCACAUGUGGAGAACCCUGUCUUUUUUGGACCAUAAACCUCUGACUGUCUCUGUGCAUAUGCAUAUUUCAGUCAUGCCAUGUGUUCUAACAAAAGCAUGCCAGCCUCUUGGUAACCCUCCAGCUCCUUAUCUCCCUCUUUAUCCCUGAAUGUGCAUGCUAGGCUAUUAGAAGCCAGCAUGGAAUUUUCCUUGGGCUAAAUCAAUCAGUGUUGAAACCCUUGAACUUCCCCUAGUAGAAGACUUUGGAAAAUGUAGAUAGGUAGGCAGGUCACUAAUGCACAUUUGUAUCACUGUGUAAUAAGCACACUCUUAACUGCAAAGGGGGACGUUUGGAAUAUAGCAUAACUGUAAGAAAUCCCUUCCUCCUAAAUGGAACCUAUCCUGGUGGGAGGUCUGGAAGGUGUAGACAAAAACUAGGUGUAGGUAAAAACUAGGAGCUUUAAAACCUAGGAUGGAGCUUUAAAACCCAUGAAGGCAUUUCAUGUCUUCAUGGCUACCCGCCUAGAGAAUUCAAGCAGGAGCACAUUUUUUACUGGACCUCUUCCUGGUGGGGAACAGCUUUCUUUUAGCUGUAGACUUACUUUCUAGAUAAAGAGGACCUUAUUUAGCUGUAUACUCUUUACCCAGCUUUACUUAUGCUCUUGGAUCUUUAUCCUAGAGAGAUGGCAAGGCUUUGCAAAAGCAUAUGGGGGCUAGGCUGGCCUAAAAUGGGCUCUGAGCCCUUUGGGAAUUGUUUUAAAGGGGAGAUCUGGGCUCCUCUCAGGUGACAUUGCACAUUGGAGAACAAUGGCAGGUGAAAAUCUAUUCUGGAGGAGAGCUUUCCUAGCAAAUGCACAGUUAAUUCUGUAGAUGACCAUAACAGCCCAUGCAUUUUCUGUGUUAUAGACUUUAUUUAGGAUAGCUUUCUAUUUAAAGGUGAGCUGUAUAUAAAUUUGUACUCGGAGUAGAAUAGUUUGAUUUCCUACAUUAGCCGUAGGUAUCACCCAAGAAAAAUGGUCCUUAGACUGACCAAUAGCAAUAAAGACCUUGUUAAAGGAGCUUUCCUCCUCUCCAGCACAGGUUAGAUUCAUGGUUUUUCUAUUUUUAUUUAUUACAGUUUAUCCUUAAGUGCUUAUGUCCUUUUCCAUGUAAAGACAAAUUCAGCACAUAAGUCUUGACCUAGAAGAUAUUUUGAACCAACUAAGUGGAUCCUAACUUGUUCACUCUUAAAAAUAGCUCUUCCUUUACAGUUCCUCAUAAUCAGUCCUGACAAUUAUGUGAAUUUAUUUUGAAGGAAGGACUGUUUCCUGGGUCACUGUUUUUUCAAAGGGAAGGAAGGAAGCCUAUUCUCAUAUGCAUUUUACUCAAAGUCUGAAUAUUUAGUUGAAAACAAGUAAAGCCAUGACUUUUGGAUGUUGCCUUUUUUUUCUUUUUAUAACUUUACUUUUGAUAUGUCUUGUUCUGUGUUCACUGACUGCUCUUAGGUAAUGUGGGUGACUUUUAGAACAGGGUGGUCUUUAUUUCCUUUCUGAUUUUGUCAACUCGCUACUAAGUUGGUCUCUUUUUUCUUUAGAUAUAAAAAUAAAACAAAACAAAACAUGGAGGAGGGUCAGUCUAGGGCGUAAAAUCUUUCCUUAACAAAUGUGAAAUGCUGAGGCCUUAAGAGCCGGUCCAGUCUCCAGAGCCUCUGGAAGCCAGAACCCUUGUUUGUCCCUUUCCCUGUUGGGUCCAAAGGCAGACAAGUUUGGUAUUAUCACUGCAGCGCGUGGGGCGGUAAUGCCUACGUGCGUUAAUAGUCACUGAGCUAUUCGUAAGGCCAAGAAUGUCUUGUCACAUCCCUUUGUGAUAAGAUCAGACUUAGGAAAGCAGUCAUUCGGUGCCAGCAUAAUUAAGGGUACAGCUUGGUCUUUCAAAAGAGAUCUAUUGGUCAGCGAGUCAUCCUUCCUCCGAGAAACUUGUUACGCAAGGUGGGCUUGAUCAUUUUGUUGUUGCAGAGGAUGGCAGGCACUUGGCUGAAUUUCUCACAUCAAAGUCCACCAAAUGGAUACUGGAGUUUAAUUAAAGUACACUCAGUAAUCACGCGGCCCGGCAUAAGGAGACUAUUCCUUUGAUCAUUUAUUCCUCCAAAUGGACAGCUAAGGUCUAGCAUUUUUUUCCUAAGUAACCUCAAGCAUAAUAGACAUUUCUGUAAAGGCAAGCGAGGUUUAAUGGCCACGGGCUGUAAGAGCCUGGUUUUUUUUUUUUUUUUUUUUUUUUUUUGGUUGUUAUUUUUAAAUAUUUAAUAUCUUAAAUCCAAGUUGGACCAUUAGAUUCUGAGAGAACUUUACCAAGAAAUCUUUGAUUACUCUUAGACUUUAGAGGGUUAGAGAUUUAGAGCUAAAAGGGACCUCAAAGAUUACCUAGGUCGAGCUCCUCAUUUUGCAGAGGAGGAAACAGGCCUAGGAAGGGGAGGUGACUUGCCUAAGUUAACACACACAUAAAUAGCAGAGCCGAGAAUCGAAUUCGGGUCUCCUGACUACUUUUUUCAUUGUAAAUGAUACAUUUGUAGGUGACAUGAAUUAUUUCUAUUAAUAACUGAGCUUGGCCCCAAAGGAGCGAGGGGGAGAUGCAUUGCCUUCUCUUCUUCUCAGAGAUAGGGCACUGAAGAUAUGGAGCGUUACAUACACUGUCAGACUGUUGAUGUAUUGGUUUGAAUAAACUGCCUUUUCUUUAACACAUUUCUUUUUUGUUAUAAGGGGUGACUCUGGGUAGGUAGGAGAGGGUUGUAUUGAAAAUGGUGUAAAAACAUCAAUAAACAUUUUUAAAAAUC